AUGAAACCACCUCCUGGUAUGGAAGAUAUGGUCAAGACAGGAAAUGUUCUAAGGUUGAAAAAGACAAUCUAUGGAUUAAAACAAUCACCAAAAGCCUGGUAUUACAAGUUGAGUACAACUCUUAAUGGAAGAGGGUUUGUAAAGUCAGAAGCUGAUAACACUGUAUUCACUCUCACAAGCAAGCAAAGAAUUGUGGUGAUAUUGAUCUAUGUGGAUGAUAUCAUCAUCACAGGAAGCAACAAGGAAGGUAUCAUCUCUACAAAAGCUUUCCUUAAAUCUAGCUUUGAUAUUAAAGAUUUAGGUGAGCUAAAGUACAUUCUAGGGAUAGAAAUAUGCCGCUCUAAAGAGAGGCUUUUCUUAUCUCAAAGAAAGUACACACUUGAUCUUUUAAAUGAGGCAGGAAAGCUUGGAGGAAGAGUAGCUAAGACACCACUUGAAGAAGGGUACAAAGUCUUGCGUGAGGGGGAGUUUGAGGAUACUCCAUUUGGCGAUUUCAAGCUCUAUAAAAGGAUGGUUGGGAAGCUAAUCUAUCUCACCAUUACAAGACCAGACAUCUGUUUUGCUGUGAAUCAAGCUAGUCAACAUAUGCAAGCACCAAAGGUUCAUUAUUGGAAUAUGGUGGAAAGGAUCAUGAGAUAUCUAAGAGAGGCUCCUGGUCAAGGUGUUUGGAUGGGUUGCAAUAAGAGUACAAAGAUAGUGGGAUAUUGUGAUGCAGAUUGGGCUGGUGAUAGAGUAGACAGGAGGUCAACAACAGGCUAUUGUACUUUCAUCGGAGGCAACCUAGUCACAUGGAAGAGCAAGAAGCAAAAUGUUGUAUCUUGUUCAAGUGCAGAGGCAGAGUAUAGGGCAAUGAGGAAGCUAACUUGUGAACUCAUUUGGAUCAGGAACCUGCUAAGAGACUUGGGUAUAGAAACAACAACACCAAACACAAUGCAUUGUGAUAAGUGA